CGUACACGCACACCUACGUAAGCGCUGUCAGACACAGACUCCCACACAUAAACACUGUGAGUAUGGCAGACACCUCCACCAGGCGGACAGGGAACCAACAGACUUAUCUAAGUCCUGAAGAGAGAGGCCAAUGGGCAAACAAGAUUGAAUUUCUGCUGACUGUAGCCGGAGCUAUUAUUGGGCUUGGAAAUGUCUGGAGGUUCCCAUAUCUUUGCUAUAAAAAUGGAGGAGGGGCUUUUUUCAUUCCAUACAUCCUGUACCUGCUUACUUGUGGAAUCCCGCUUUUUGUGCUUGAGACAUCUUUGGGUCAGUACACCAGUCAGGGAGGCAUCACAUGUUGGAGAAAGAUCUGUCCUCUUUUUGAAGGAAUGGGUUAUGCCAGUCAAAUGAUUAUUGUCUAUGGCUCAGUCACCUACAUCAUCAUCAUAGCCUGGGCUUUCCUGUACCUUUUCUCAGCCUUCAGUGUGGAACUGCCCUGGGCCAGCUGCAACAAUCUGUGGAACACAGAUGCUUGUAUUGUGCUCAGUGGGAAGAAUUCAAGUUCAGAGUGGACAUCUCCUCUUAAUGCCACUUCCUCUGUGAUGGAGUUCUGGCAUCACAGAGUGUUGCAGCUGUCCGGUGGAAUAGAGCAUUUGGGCACAGUAAGGUGGGACUUGGCCCUUAUUCUCUUACUCGUCUGGAUUCUGGUCUACUUCUGCAUCUGGAAAGGCAUCAAAUCUACUGGGAAGGCAGUCUAUUUCACAGCAACAUUCCCUUAUGUAAUGCUCCUGAUACUGCUCCUACGAGGGGUCACUCUACCUGGUGCUAUCAACGGCAUCCACUAUUAUAUGUACCCAGAUCUGACACGACUAGCUGACCCACAGGUAUGGAUGGAUGCUGGUACUCAGGUCUUUUACUCUUAUGCUAUAUGUCUUGGAUACCUCAGCUCUCUUGGUAGCUACAAUCAAUAUAACAAUAAUUGUUACAGGGACUCUUUCUACCUGUGCUUGCUGAACAGUGGAACCAGUUUUUUGGGUGGAUUUGCUAUUUUCUCUGUUCUGGGUCACAUGGCACAGGAGCAGGGAGUGGACAUAUCCCUUGUGGCUGAGUCAGGUCCAGGACUGGUGUUUAUAGUAUACCCUCAAGCGGUGACAAUGUUGCCAUGGUCUCAGUUCUGGGCUGUGUGUUUCUUCACCAUGAUCAUCCUCUUGGGCUUAGACAGCCAGUUUGUUGGACUGGAGAGCAUAAUGACGUCAGUGACAGACUUGUUUCCCACUGUGUUGAGACGUGGCCUCAGAAGAGAGAUGCUGCUUUUAGGGAUUUGCCUUGUCUGCUACCUGAUGGGCCUCUUCAUGAUCACAGAGGGUGGUCUGUACAUCAUUCAGUUGUUUGAUCAUUACGUGUGCAGUGGAGCCACUCUCCUGUUUCUGGCUACCUGUCAGUCUGUGGCCAUUGGCUGGGUAUACGGUGCUGACCGAUUCUAUGAAAACAUAGAAGACAUGAUUGGCUACAAACCCUGGCCUGUGAUGAAGUACUGCUGGCUCUAUGCCACCCCCUCUAUCUGUGUAGGCACCUUUAUUUUCUCUCUGGUCAAGUACAGUCCCCUGAAAUUUAAUAACACGUAUGUGUAUCCAUGGUGGGCAUACGGUAUCGGCUGGUUCCUGGCUAUAUCCUCUCUCUCCCUCAUCCCCAUCAACAUGUUCUACAAACUGUACAAGGGGAAAGGGACCUUCUGGGAGCGUCUCCAGUUGGCUUGCACUCCAGCAGAGGAUCUACCUCAAUCUCACAGACCUUCAGCACAUCAUUACACUUUGUCAUCCUGUACAGACAGAGAAAAGAGCCCCGACAACCUUUAAUGUUCAGCUGCAAUUAAGUCAGUUGUCCCUAGAUAUUAAAGGGUUAGUUCACCCAAAAAUUAAAAUUCUGUCAUAAAUUACUCACUCUCAUGUCGUUCCACACCUGUAAUGGGGCGUUCACACCAGACGCGACUUGCACGAAUAAAUCACACUAUUCGCGCGUAGUUGGACGCUUGAACAUUUUGAGUUUACUUGCUUCAUUUGCGCAUGAAAUUCACUUCACAACAGACGCGAAUUCUGCCAGGCGGCUCCAGUCUCGUUGCAAAAUGGCUGACAUGGAUUUUGUUGAGAGGGUAGCUGCGCUUUAUGUGCUAUGGAAGGCUGAAAUACGGCGAAUAAGCUCAAUUUGCCGGCUUUAGCUAGCUUGUAGUCUCAAUAUGUAUAGCUAAAAUUGAGUAAAGAGUGUUUUUUACAACUUACCAGAUUGUCUCCUUUCUCACUUUCUUCCAAGCAAGAUCCUUUUUAUUCCUGUUUCUAUAAAAGUACGAAGAUGUAUCGUACAGCUCCGGGUAUCCACAUACAGCGACGAUGAUUUUGUUCUCCGAUAUUGUUUCAGAUUUCUGCCUCUGCUCGCUACGUCGUAAUCAUGUCACUACUAGAGCAAGCUCCUGAUUGGUUAACGCGGCGCGAAUAUUCGCCAAAGUUCAGAUUUUUCAACUCGCGCGAUUCAAACGCCCAAAACACUCAAUUCGCGCCGCCACAUUCACGCGAAUCGCGCCGCAGGAUGUCUAUCGCAUCUUUGCAACAUGUAAAUCACUUGCGCGUAACGCUUCAUUCGUGUUUGGUGUGAACGCACCCUUUGUUCAUCUUUGGAGCCCAAAUGAAGAUAUUUUUGAUGAAAUAGUAUAGCUGUAUGACUCCUCAAUAGACAUCAAUUUA